AUGUUGAACAAGUUUAUCCUGGCCGGCCUGGUCGCCUCUGCCAGCGCACACAUAAAAAUGACCAGCCCUUCCCCCUUCGACAAUGAAAACUUGAGCAACGGCCCCAUGGAGAAGGAUGGUAGCAAUUUCCCCUGCAAAAAUGCCAACUACCGUAACCGCCCAGUUAAAGAAAACGUCUACGCCCAGGGCAGCACCCAGACGCUCGAGUUCCUGGGUUCUGCCGUCCACGCCGGCGGCUCAUGCCAAGUCUCCAUCACAACCGACCCGAGCCCCAACAAGGACACCGUGUGGAAGGUCAUCAAGUCGAUUGAAGGCGGCUGCCCUGCCAAAGAUCAAACGGGCAACCUCGAGGGCGGAUCCGCGACAGGCAAAGUCCCUUAUACGUAUGAUUUCAAGAUUCAUGAGCAGAUCGGCGCCGGCAACUACACCCUCGCCUGGACCUGGUUCAAUAAGAUCGGCAACCGAGAAAUGUACAUGAACUGUGCCCCCAUCAGCGUGACUGGUUCCGGCGGCUCCCCGAACUAUCUGGACACCCUGCCGGACAUGUUUAAGGCCAAUAUUGGCAACGGCUGCGGCGUCCCAGAAGGCACCGAUGUCCAGUUCCCCGAUCCGGGCCAGGACGUCGACCAGUUUGGCCUCAAGACCAAGUCGGCUUUGGGGGCGCCCACGGGUAACUGCAAGACGGGCGGUACUCGCCCUACAUCUAUAAAUACGUCUGCCACCUCACAGCCAACCUCCGGGAGCUCACCGCCAACCUCUGCCUCCUCAAAGCCGACCUCUGCCGUCUCAAAGCCGACGUCGGCCCCCCGACCGACAACAGGCACCGCCAGUCGCCCGCAGCCUACAAACACAAACACGCCUGGCGGCCCACGACCGACGACCGGCACCCCUACUCGCCCGCGGCCUUCAUGCUCAAAGCGGCCUGGUGGCUCAAACUCGACGCUUGUGCCCCAACCGACGAGACCUGCUGGUGACAGCACUGUCUCCGUGAGCCAAGACGAGACCAAGGUUCCCGCACACAGCCCUACCCCCAGCACCGAGGCCGGCCCUGCUCCCACCCCGGGCACGGACGGCGCCUUCGCUCCCGGCACUAAAUGCGAAACGGAUGGCUGGUGGAACUGCGUUGGCGGAAAGUCUUUCCAGCGUUGCGCCAACCAUAAGUGGUCCGAGACGCUGACAGUGACUGAGGGCAUGAAAUGUACUCCCGGAACAGGGGAAAAUAUCGAAAUGUCUGCCGCCCAGCCCGAUCUCAGCCCGUGCGAUAUUCGUCGUCGUCGACGCCUCCGACGGCACGCUUUUUAA